AUGGCUUGCCUGGUUUACACCAGCUCAUCUUUGCUGGAGCAGAGUACCCCAACCGCCCUGGCGGUCACCGACCUCGAUGGAUCCGUGUCCGACCUCAGCUUCAGUGACCAGGAUUUGGACUCUGGCGAGUUGGGCGGCAAUGCGUCCUGGCAGCCGCCUGGCACUUUGGACGGCCGGGUCUUGUCCUACAGCGUCUACCUCGCCACUGACACUGCCGGUAGCGUGAAAUCUCAAGUCGACAGCAUCCCGGUUGGCACCAAUAUCGCCUCCUGGCUGACCUGA